AGUUGAAGAAAGCGAAGAGCUGAAGGGUUUGAAUGCAGAGGCAAAUGGAAUAAUUUUCAUCUUAACGCUUCAUUUCAUCCUUUCCCCUCCACCUGGUAUUACACCCCAUCAAGACCUGCAAAAGCAUCCGUGUGACAACCUCCACGCCAGCACCACAAUGGAAUUCCGCGAGUUAGAGAGGGCCCACACCGGCGCGCAGCCGGGUUUCUUUUCGAGUUUCAGCGAACUUCCGAAUCCUCCUAUGGCGACGAAGGGCCAGGAGUUCUUUAGUGUGCAACAGGGGAAAAGAGAAGGAGAACAAGUCUUUAUUCACGACCGCGAGCAGCCUCAGCCUCCUCCUCAACACUAUGUCCCAGGGAAACCCAGCCCCUUGCACUACGGAGUGCCCCUCUCGGAUGGCUACGACGCCGGUGUAUAUGCAGUGUCAACGGCUUUGUUUGGAGGGGCUGGGUCCUUCAAAACAAUUCCAAUUCAGUUUAAGUCUGUCUUCAGACGGAGACGCUCAGGCGACUGCCUUUCGGAAUGGUCCAAUGCAUUUGUUACACGAGUAGAUCCAUGUGAAUGCGUUCCCCCUGAAGAGACCUUCACUCCGUAUGAGGUCGCCAGAUUCAAAGAUCAACAAGGACGCACGCACACCACGUUGGACUUCAGUCCAUAG